AUGCACUUCUCUCUGUCUUCCUCCACUGCCCUCGCGGCUUCGGCUCUCUUGGCGACCGCCGUCAACGCUGCGCACAUCAAGGUCAAUUAUUAUUCGGACGGCGGAUGCUCCAACUACAUGAAAUCCAUCUACCCGAGCACCGACUGGACGUGCUACGACUACAGCUGGACGGGCCAGAACAGUGUCGGCAUCGCCGAGUGCACCUUCCCCAACGGCGUCUGCUACUGCGACUUUUAUACGCACGGCAGCUGCUCGGGAGCCUCCAUUGGCAAGAGUCUGUCCUACGGCGGGUCCGACCCCGGUUGGUGUGCUUCCAACUGGGGACAUGGGUUUGAGUCGAUGCGCUGCGGGGUUAUUCAUGAUCCUUGA